CCAGCUGAUGUUUUGUCAAUGCCGACUGAACCAUUCCUUCAAACAUUAGGCUCGUGACUUGUCCCAAAACUAAAACCUAGUGUCUGUUGUCAUUCAAUUCCCGUCAUGGCAGAAUUAAAAAGUUAUCAAACUCCUUUAAACUCAAGGUACGCCUCUGAGGAAAUGAAGUUUAAUUUCUCUGACCACAAGAAGUUCUCCACGUGGCGUCGGAUGUGGUGGAUCCUAGGGAAGGCUCAACAAGAAGUAGGUCUUACAAUUGAUGGACAUCCCAUCACCCAGGAGCAAUUGGAUGAAAUGGAGGCUAAUCUAGAGAACAUUGACUUUAGAAUUGCCAUGGAAGAGGAGAGGAAAAGAAAGCAUGAUGUGAUGGCUCAUGUUCAUACUUUUGGGGUGGCUUGUCCCAAAGCCAAGGGGAUCAUUCACCUGGGAGCUACCUCAUGCUAUGUCACGGACAACACGGAUCUGAUCAUGAUUCGGGAUGGUUUGGAUAUCCUUUUGCCUAAAGUGGCCAAAUGUAUCAAGCGUUUGGCGGAUUUCGCCCUAUCGUACAAGGACCUGCCGACCUUGGGCUACACUCAUUAUCAACCGGCACAACUGACCACAGUGGGGAAACGGGCUUGUCUCUGGCUUCAAGACUUGGUCAUUGACGAAAUGACCAUUUCUCGUGUUCGCCAUGAUCUGAAAUUCCGGGGUAUCAAAGGAGCCACCGGUACUCAAGCGAGUUUCCUUCAGCUCUUUGAUAAUGAUGCCGCCAAGGUCAAGGCCUUGGAUAAGGCCGUCACUCGCAUGGCUGGAUUCUCGGGCUGCCUGACCAUCUCCGGACAGACCUACACUCGGAGGAUUGACAUUGGUAUCGUGUCGGCCUUGAGUGCGUUUGGAGCUAGUGCCCAUAAGAUCUUCACGGAUAUUCGGCUCUUGGCCCAUGACAAGGAGAUCGAGGAGCCCUUUGACAAGAGUCAGAUCGGAUCCUCGGCCAUGCCUUACAAACGCAAUCCCAUGAGGAGUGAGCGAGGUUGUGCCUUGUCCAGGCAUCUCAUGACGAUCUUGUCCAAUGCCAUGCAAACGCAUAGCACUCAAUGGUUCGAACGCACUUUGGAUGAUUCGGCCAACCGCAAGCUUACCCUUGGUGAGGCGUUCCUGUCGGCCGAUGCCGUGUUGCAGUUGCUUCAAAACGUCCUGGAGGGUCUGGUGGUGUAUCCCAAAGUCAUUGAGAGACGGAUUCACGCCGAGCUACCUUUCAUGGCGACUGAGAACAUCAUCAUGGCCAUGGUGCGAAAGAUGAAGGAUGGGGAUCGACAAGAGGUGCAUGAGAAGAUCCGGGUACUGUCCCAUGAAGCCGGCAGUGUAGUCAAGAAUGAAGGCAAGGACAACGAUCUCAUUGACAGGAUCAAACGGGACCCUUAUUUUGAACCGAUCUUGGCGGAUUUGGAUCAUCUCUUGGAGCCAGCCACGUUCGUGGGGCGGGCUCCUGAGCAGGUUACGGAUUUCAUUCGAGAAGAGGUGGAACCCGUGCUCCAGAAGUACGAAGGUCAAUUAAGUGGCAGUGCCGAGUUGAAAGUUUAAGAGAAAUAGAUCUGGUCACAUAUUUUAUUUGUCUCGUUCAAUAAAUGACUCGUAGAAUA